CAGCAGCCUGCUACUGGUCACUGUGCUGCUGGUGCGCUCAGUAGAAAACAUUUGGAUGCGUAAAAAUAGUUUCUCGCUUGUUCCGGAGAGAUGUUACCAAAACCUGCUGGCUCAUAAGGGUGCCCGAGAUGUUGCAGAGGUAGAACACCUUCAACUGUUGGAUUUUGGUAUUAAAACGCAAGAGCGAAGAAGAUGAUGAUCCAGGCCUCAUGUUGGACCUAUCUGAAGGUGUGUUUAGUCCUAUGGAUGGUGGGACAACUACAGGGCAGAGUAACAGCACCAGAGCGACUGGAAGCUCCGGUGGAGAAGCCCUUCACUCUGACCUGCAGUGUUUCGAGGGAGCGAGGUGAAUCCUUGAGGCAGGUGCGUUGGCUGGACGUCCAGAACCAAACCCUGCUGAGCUACCAGCCCGGCAACAGGGACAGCGUGAGCGGACAGCACCACGUGGAGCUCGCCUCCUCCCCAAAGGACACGUCGGCCAUCACCAUCCGCAGGGUGGGCUUCAGGGAUGAAGGAUGCUACACGUGCAUCUUUGACCUGCAUCCUACCGGUUCAAAGCAGGGACAGACAUGUCUCACUGUGACCUCUCAAGUCACCGUUGACAGCAACAAAACAGCAGUGAGUGGCAAGAGAGCCUCCCUCUCCUGCUCCUACGGUUUGCCUGAAAAGGUGCAGCAGAUUGUAUGGAAACACACUUCUCCUCAAGGAGAGUCUACAGAGGUGGCCUCCUUUGCAAAGCGGAGCGACCCCAUGAUCGAGCCUCCAUACCAGGGAAGAGUCUGGCUCAGUGCCUCCCUGUCCGACAGUCAGCUCACCAUCCAGCCUGUCGCCAUCCAGGACGAGGGCUGCUACACCUGCCUGUAUGACACAUUAGCCGAAGGGCCAAAGAGCUCCGUGAUCUGCCUCUCCACCUAUGUGCUGCCAAAACCUCAGGUGAGCUACAAAACCAUCACUGCAGGUGUGAUCGAGGCCAACUGCACCUCUGUGUCGAGGCCUCCGGCGGAGAUUGUGUGGAACGUGGAGAGAGAUAACCGCACCAUGGGCCCCCCUGUGACCACACAGCUGCCCCAGGGAGACGGGACCACUCUGGUCAUCAGUACGCUGACCGUCCAAUCAGGGCUGCUCAAAGACGUGUCCGUCAAAUGCUUGGUGCACCACAAAGGGCUCGAAUCACCGAUAGCUGUAUCAAUGAACACUAAAAUUGGGACGGCGCUCACCAUCCUGAUCUCAGUCACCACAGUAGCAGCUCUGCUGGUUAUGUCACUGUGCUUCUGCCUUUGGAAGUGUUUUUUGCGCAAAGAAGCUGAUUAAUCUUUCAGAUGAGGCCAGACACUGAGAGGAAAAGGCCAUGUUUCUCCAGAGCCAGCCUUGCAGAAUGGCUUCCCUGCUGCACCUUCAUCAUCAUUAUCUUCGUACAACAGGAAGACGUUUUGACACACCUCUAUAGGAUGUCCAGUACAAUCCUGUUCAUGAGCACCAACUGGACAAACGACAUUCAACUCUGCUCUGCUGCCUCUGCGUCUGACUUUUAUAUAAUCUCCAGGCUGUCCUCACAUGGCGUCUAUGAAGGACUCUUGAGCGGAUCGUUUUACUUCUCUCCAACUCUGUAAUUGAUGAUCACACAUUCCACGAGCAACGGCAAAUUUAAUACAGUGAUUUUGCACCGUAUUGCGUGUCCUCAAGCUACUCUCCUGUCUUUGCCUCUUUUACUUGCUCCUUAGUGGAAAAGUAUCGUAAAAUUCCAUAUUUGUCUUAUUCAGCAAAUGCACCGGUUACAUGAACAUGGGCUCUGGGGUUUAGUUCAGUCAAUUUAAUAGACGCUAUUCUUCUGUAAAUACUCACUUGCUCACCAAAUGUGUAUUUAUCCACAGCUGAAAUAAGACCCUUAUAACUCUUUCACUCUUGUACAAUGCCCAACUAUUUUAGGAAACAACUUUUUUAACAUUAAUAUAUAUUCGCGCCAGGACUUAAUUAAUUUCCCAGCCAAAUCACUAUUGUAGAGAUGAACUAACACAUACAUCCGCUGAAGGCCACUGCUGCUUUGGUGCAUUGUGAAAACUGGGUGGGGUCAUGGGUGGUAUUAGAUAAACUAAAGGGCUGCAUACUUAUAUCUUAUUUGUGUAGUAUCUCUUUUCUACGUGUUCAAAAUCUGUCAUGUGUUCAAGUAUCUGUUAGAGGUUCAGUUCAUGGUCAGCUGGCUUGAAUCAAUUGCCUGAGGAAGCAACACCGAAACCUUUACGGUGCCCCUGAAAGGAAUGCAUGUCUCAUUGCCACAGCCACUCUGCUCCUCCACAUAUCCAGCUCUCUUUUCUGUUGCACUGGAUCAAAAUGACACUUACAUAAUAUAAUGCAAUGAUGCUGAGGUAAUAUGAUUGCAUGUGUACAGGUGCAUUUUUUAAGAAGUAUGCUUCGUGCUGAAAUAAUAAUGCAUAUCCAAGCAUAUGAUUUGCAUCUGUCAGUUAUUUGCUUUAACAAGUUCGGCAUGAAAGUUCCCAGAGUUGAGGCAGUAUUCUUCUGUCCGUGAAGUUUCAGUGUAUGCAUACGACACUGAUCAUGAGCACAAACGUUGAAGUAAAAUGCUUCUGAAAGUGGUUUCAGAACAUUUUUUUUAUAUAAACAGAAAUGUGUUGUAGCAUCCAGCCCUGCAUCCAGGAAAAACAAAAAAGAUGCAUUAUGACCAACAACGUAUGUGAAGCUGUUGUAAUAAAUGCAGCAAACCGAAUUAAAAAUGUUUUAAAAAGUCAUACAA